AUGGCGAACGUAGCCUCAUACCUCUCACCCGACAACACCGAGACACCCAAACUCUCCGACCGGGGCUUCGAGGCCAUCCCCUCCAUCACCCUCCUCUGGCUAACAGACCUCGCCGACGGCCUCCUCUUCAUCCCCACAAUCAUUCUCAUCGCAACCCACUACCGCCCGCUCUACCUCCUCUGCAAAGUCCUCCUGACCUGGUCUUUUUGUAACAUCAUGCGCAUCACCACCGUCGCCAUCACAUCUAUGCCCGACCCCCGCGACGGAUGUAUCCUCAUGGGUACCACCGGUUUCCAGCCCGGUUCAGGUGGUUGGGGAUACUUUGUCUGGCGUUCGUAUGGUGUCUGUGCAUCGGAUGUCUUGGUCGCGUUCUAUGUCGCCGGAGGAAACUUCUAUAUCUGGACUUACAUCCUGGACCACUACGUUGAAGAAAAGGGGCGGUUGAAGGAUUUGACACACCCCUGGGGGGAGGGAUUACCGGAUUCGAGACCGCAUGUACAGAAACGGGAGGAGCGGAAACGACAGGCGGUUUUGGAUGCGGAGAAGGAGGCGAAUGCGAGGACCGAGGCUCAGGCGCAGAUGUGGUCGAUUGCGACAGAGAUCCCUCCUAUUCGGCUGACGGAUCCGAUGAGUAGUUCAGUGUAUGAGAGGAGUUUUCGAUCUGUUGGUGAUGCUCCUCCAACGUCAGCAUUGGCAGCAACAGGGACAGGAACAGGAACAGGAGUCGAAGAGAUUUCGGAAGCGAGAGCGAGGCAGCCGUCAGAUGGACGACAACUACAAUCACACCAGCAUCAGGAGGAACAGGAUGUGCAGACGAUUAUCUCUCAUCUGCAAGUCACCCCUGAGGAGGAUGUUGAUGAUGAGUAUAAACAUGGCCCUUUCCAGCUCCCUGAGACCCCAGCACAGAAGGAAUAA